ACGAAACGCAUUUUUCUCAAACAAAAAUGGCGUAGUUUGUUGAAUGUCAGUGUUGUGAAAAUGUAAAAUAAAUAAAAAUGUUUAGACUCGUAAAAAGUGUUUUUAUACGCCUAACUAUUGUUCUCCUUAUCAUAGAAACAUGCUCAAGCGAUCCACAGCCACCAUUCUUAGCCCUCUACAGCCCCGGGGACACAGAGUAUAUAGAUAUUAUUGUACGGCAGGAACAUGAUAAUUUGACUCUGGUAUGCGAGGUGCGGGGGGACACCACGCCGAGGGUCUACGUGUGGAACUAUGUGAAUGACAAUGGGACGGAUAGAGGCAGACCUUUCAGCAUAGAGCCGGCUGGGGGUGCGUCGGUGAGCAGUAAACUAGAACGAACCAAUCUCCAGCUAUCGGACAGCGGUCACUACAUGUGCUCUGCGCCUCCUUUCAGCAGCACCCUGUAUAUCUUGGUACAGCCUAGAGGGCCGGCGUACUGCGCGCGCGGGGCGUUCUGGUGCGGGCCGCGCUGCGUGCUGCCGGCCUACGUGUGCGACGGCUGGCGCGACUGCCCGCAGGCCGAGGACGAGGCGCCGCCCUUCUGUCCGCCGCAGCCCUGCAGCCGUAACGACAAGCUGAACUGUUCGUCGGGUCGCUGCAUCUCGGAGUCGGCGUGUUGCCGGGCGGGCUCCGCCCUGUGCCGCGAGCCCGCGUGCUGCGCCGAGCAUCGCUACUCCACGCUGGCGGGUUACGUGGAAGUCGAGUUUCCGCCGCUGUUCGAAGACAGACACGCGCCGGACGAUUACGGGUUCAUUCAGUCGACUAUAUACACGGUCACCGCGUGCGCGCUGAUCUUCAUGAUCGCGGUGGUGCUGCUGGUGUCGGCGCUCUGCAAGAUGCACAUGAAGCGCGCCGCGCUGCGCGGGUACGCCGCCGCGCACCGCGACACCGCGCACCACUACGCCGCACGCUACCCUCCCCGCUACGAAGCAGCCACGGCUCGAUUGCUCGAGCCCGGGGCUUCAGCCAGCCCUGUUCGGAGUCCGCAAGUCGCGUCCGAAGCAGGCAGUCCAACUUCACCGCAGUCACCGAUCGAGGCCACCGAUGACCCAGCGUGCAAUGGGGGCUUCGGACUCGCUCGGCUCUCUGCAAUAUUCUGCUCUAGGUACAGACAGGUACCCACCCAAUGCUGCGACGUUGAAAUGACAAACGUCAGAUCAGCUUCGCUGACCAACUCGCCCACGAACCGAACCCGCACCCUCGACUACCGCUCCCCGACCUACUGCGACACCGACAUGUACUUCACCAAUCCGGACCUGACGGCGCGCGAGUUGAACUACAUGGCGACUCCGAUAGAAUUCCUCAGGCGACGGACGUUCAGACGGAACACGAUCGACAGGGUCAUGGACCAGCUGUCCGUUCAGCGACCCCUGACGUUACAGCUAGGUAGGUUCCAGCUCAGCAUACCUAGGUUCGGGAGACGGGCCGAGGAGCCUAGACCGGACACGCCGAACGUGGCCGAAAUAAACAUAGACGACCUGGAGUUCGUUAGACUUCACUCGCGCGAAACGUACACGCUAAACGGCAGAACGAUAAGGUUGCUCGGGGCUAACUUCGAGAACUACCCGGUCAUGGACAGUUCGCGGCCCCCCCCGUACAAUGAGGCGAUGCGAUACAAGUACGGUCCCCCCCCCGAGUAUUUGAGCAGGGAGGGGAUUAACGGACAAGGUCAAAGUGACUGCACAGAGAACGAAGCAAGGAGCAACGUCGAAAUGCCCCCCUGCUACGAGGACCUCGCAUCCGGUAUCGACUCGAACGCGAAUGUCGAUAACUUGACGGUUGAUGUUAUCGAUAUUUCGGAUAAUUCGAAUAAUAAUAUAACCUCCGUUGAUACAGUUGGUAAUACGAAUCUUGACAAUAAUUUCAAUUCGGACAACGAUAAUAACAUGUUCGUCGACACGGUUAAUUCUGUUAGUACCGUUAACUCGUCUAAUUUAAUCAACGAUAGUUCGGUACCUGAGACGAUAAGUUCCGUUAUCGAUAACUUGCCAGCUAUAGAUAGUGACGUGAACGCGAACGAUAGUUACAACGAUAUUGCGUAACGUCCCUGAGUGAUUUUAUUUUUUAAGUGUUAUAUAUUAUUUGUUAUGUGUUAUUAUAAAUGUAUUAUAAUGA